AUGAAAUUAGCCUCUCUUUUACUUCUGUUGGCCGGUGCAGCGGGUCCUGCGGCGGCCAGCCAUUCCCACUCGAGCAUCUCGCGGUUGUCUCAUCGGCAUGGCCAUGUUUCUCGCGCGACCCGUCGAGAACUCACGCUCAGUAAACGUUGCAAAACCAAGGAUAAUCGGAAGUCAAAGAGCAACUCCGAUAACGAUUCGGGAAACGACUACAGCGGUACCGGUGGAGGCUACAAUGGUGGAUCAACUACUGGUCAGUCGUCCGGAGUCAUCAAUGUGCCGUCGUCGUGCGGGCCCAUCGGUGCUACUGUGGAAGUCACCCCCACCACGGGCCCAAACGGAGCCAUUGACUGGCUCAACUGCGGCGUGAACGACAGCGGCUGGCGACCGCCCUUCGUGCGCGUCUCCGACAUCAUCGCGAAGAACCUGACCGAGGCGAUCCAAGAAGACGGUAGCCCGUUCCGGGCAUGUGACGCGUACAUCGAUACAUUCGAACAGUAUGCCGCGCAGUACGGAGUGCCUGCGAUACUAGUGGCAGCGAUCGCUAUGCAGGAGAGCAGCUGCGAUGCGGGGACCGUCGGUGGUGGGGGUGAGCAGGGUCUCAUGCAGCUGACGCAGGACAAGUGUGGGGGCGCGCCGGGAGGUGACUGCAAAGAUCCAGACUUUAACAUUCGAGCUGGCGUCGAGUACUUCAGUGAAAUGCUGCGGAGCAAUGGUGAAAGCCUACUGCUUACCAUGGGAAACUACAAUGGCUGGCCACUGGGGAUGACAUACGACGAUGCAACCGCUGCUGGUGAUACUUCUUGCUGCACAUGCCAGAACAACUUGGACUACUUGCAGCAGACAUUCAAUGGAUGGGUGUUAAACGUGGAUCCGUACUCGAGCACCCCUCCGAUUGGCAAGUACUUCAACCUGAACAAGUGUCACUGA